GUUGCUGCGCCGGCUUCCACUUCAGCUCUAACGGUGAGAGGCGUCAUCUCCGGCAGCGGACUUCAUUGUGAAGGGAACUGCUACCUUUUUUUUUUAACACCAGCAUUCGGGUCCCAUGGACAAACUCUUUGUAAAUGCUUUUUAAGAAUCCACACUCUAGGAGAAUAAACACUAGCUACUCUGCAGGCCCUGGCCUCGAGUCUUAUUUGAAGGGAUUUAACUUCACUGGUGAACCGCCUUGGCUUCUCUGCACCUGAGUAACAGCAACACGAUAUUCCAUCUCUUUCAUAUUCAGAUUACUUUUGGCCAAUCAAAAGGACUUCUUGUGAUCAUGAACACUGCCACAUCCAACGAGUUUGAGUUCUCCUUCCUGGAGGAGGGUUUCUGUGCCCGGGAUAUUGUUGAGCAGAAGAUUAAUGAGUCAUCCAUGACAGAUGACCGGGAUGCCUUCUAUGUCUGUGACUUGGGGGAUGUGCUGAAGAAACAUUUGCGCUGGGCAAGAGCCCUGCCUCGGGUUACGCCUUUCUAUGCCGUCAAAUGCAAUGACAGCCGGGCUGUAGUGAUGACGCUGGCAUCCCUGGGAGCUGGCUUUGAUUGUGCAAGCAAGACGGAAAUUCACCUGGUUCAGUCUCUGGGAGUCGAUCCAAGUAGAAUCAUCUAUGCCAACCCCUGCAAGCAAGUUUCACAGAUCAAGUAUGCAUCUGCCCAUGGGGUCCAGAUGAUGACCUUUGAUAGCGAGGUGGAACUCAUGAAAGUGGCCCGUUGUCAUGACAAUGCCAAGCUGGUGCUGCGCAUUGCCACAGAUGACUCAAAGGCAGUGUGUCGCCUGAGUGUGAAGUUUGGGGCCCCACUCAAGGCUUGUCGAGGUCUUCUGGAGCGGGCUAAAGAACUGGGCCUGGAUGUGAUCGGCGUCAGCUUCCACGUUGGCAGUGGCUGCACUGAUCCUGAAACCUACACCCAGGCUAUCGCUGACGCACGCUGUGUCUUUGAUAUGGGGGAUGAGUUGGGCUUCAACAUGGAUCUGUUGGACAUCGGAGGUGGUUUCCCAGGUUCAGAUGAUACUGAACUCAAAUUUGAAGAGAUCACAGCAGUCAUCAACCCAGCCCUGGACAAGUAUUUCCCUGCUGACACUGGUAUUAAGGUCAUUGCUGAGCCAGGUCGCUUCUAUGUGGCCUCUGCUUACACACUGGUUGUCAACAUCAUUGCCAAGAAGGUCAUCAUGGAUGACGAGUCAGCCUCUGACGAGGAAGACGAAGGGACCACGGAUAGGACUCUGAUGUACUAUGUCAAUGAUGGUGUGUACGGCUCCUUCAACUGUAUUCUCUAUGACCAUGCUCACUGUCUGCCAACACUACAUAAGAAGCCAAAGCCAGAUGAGGUCAUGUACCCCUGCAGUAUCUGGGGCCCAACAUGUGACGGCCUCGAUCGCAUUGUUGAGCAAUGUGACCUGCCUGACCUGCAGGUGGGCGACUGGCUGGUCUUUGAGAACAUGGGUGCCUACACCGUGGCUGCCUCCUCCACCUUUAACGGCUUCCAAAGACCUGACAUUCACUAUGUCAUGUCCCGCCCUGCUUGGCAACAUGUGCAGCAGAUCUGUUCCCAGGGCAUGCCAGCUCCUGCGGAGGAGUCCUGCCUGUUUGAAGUGCCAGCCGGCUGUGGUCGAGAGAGCAGCUUGGAGAUGCCCACUAAGCCCUGCCAGGCCCAUGUGGUUUAAAUGCAUAGUGUACAUCACAGCAAUGUUCUAGCAUCCUUUUGUGUGUUUUUUUUUUUUCCCGUCUUUUUUUCUUCCUUCUCCCCAAAUGUACGUGAAACUUCAAGGCCAGUUACUUGACCGGAGAAUGAGAGGGACAUAAAUGCACAAAAUUGUGUGUUCUGUAUGGAAGCUGGGGAUCAACCCUCAAUGAAAUGAGGCUGAAUCACACUCUGAGUGUCUCUGUGUGUUCCAGGCAGUGUGACAGGGCAACUCUGUGCUUGAACUCAUUGCUGCAGUCUUUCUGCCCUAAUUGUGGGGGAAUGACUGAAAGGAGUACUGUAGUUCAUGAAGAACCUAUUUACUGAACUGGAGUAGUGUAAGCUUUGCAAAGUAAAUCCCCAAAACUACUUGACUGGUUCCAUCACCACAGGAUUCACAACACUUGAAACUGUAGCAGUAGUCCAAGAGGUGAAGGGUUACCAGUGCCAUUAAUUUAGUCAUUUUUAAGUAUAUUAGCAGGUUGCUUACAGCAACCAGCAAUUACCAGCGCUAACUGAUCUGCAAAAUGUAAAAGGGAGGUUAGUUUAUUAAACUGCUGACUCUUCAAAGUCCUAACUGCUUAAGUCACACCCAGAGCUAGUAACUUGCAAAGAGGUGGUUGGAAGGGUGAUUUAAUUCCUCAAAAAAUGGCUGCUAUGUAUAUUUAUUAUUUUCCAUGAUCUCCACUUCUGUACAGAACCUGUCAAGUGUUAGUUCUUAAGAUGUGUCCUUUAUUUUUGUUUUUUUUUCUACUGUCCUUCAUAAGUUAUUCACUGUUGUAUUCUAUAAAUGCUUCUCUGCUGAUUAUGGCCAGAGCCACGUUUUCCCAUACGAAGUUUGAAUGUGCUCACAGGGAGAGUGCACAUGUACACCACACUUUCUGCAUGUUAAAACACCGUACACUUUGCAUCUGUGCCAACGUGGCUGCAGCAGUUACUCUCACUGGUCAGACAGCAAUAUAGAUGCAUACACUAUGUCGACAUUUCAGGUGCCACCAAAAACAUCUACAAGAUUGACACUUAAAACACAGGGACUCAAGAAGCAGAUUGUACCUCUCCUCUUCUCCUUAUUUUAUUACUUUAUUUUUUUUGUAACUUGUAGAAGGCAAGAAGUCUGUUCAUGAUAUUAAUAAGCCGUGUUUAACCAUACAUUUGAAAUGGAUACGAAAGAGACGGGAUUGCAAAUGCGUAAUGCUUUCCUAUGGAAACUUUUUGAAGUUUUGUAUUUUUUUAAUAAAUAAAACAUUAGGUGCAGAGCCGAAUUAUG